AAAUAAUAGAAGCAAGAGAAAGGCAUUUUCGUUGAGUUUUGUUUCUGGUUCGUGCUAGUGAGAGAAACUUCUUUAUUUUCUUCUCUCUCUUCUUUCAGUGACUCAAAAGCCCUAUUGCGUACUUUGCAAUCGACCAAAUAAUGGCCAACAGUAACCUCCCUCGAAGAAUCAUCAAGGAAACGCAGCGUUUGCUCAGUGAGCCAGCGCCUGGAAUUAGUGCGUCCCCUUCGGAAGAUAAUAUGCGAUAUUUCAAUGUGAUGAUCCUUGGCCCAACUCAGUCUCCUUAUGAAGGGGGUGUUUUCAAACUAGAACUAUUUUUGCCUGAAGAAUAUCCAAUGGCUGCUCCAAAGGUUAGGUUCCUGACAAAAAUAUAUCAUCCUAACAUUGAUAAGCUUGGCAGGAUAUGUCUUGAUAUUCUGAAAGAUAAGUGGAGUCCUGCCCUUCAGAUUCGCACUGUACUUUUGAGUAUUCAAGCUCUUUUGAGUGCACCAAACCCAGAUGAUCCACUUUCUGAGAACAUCGCCAAGCAUUGGAAAUCUAACGAGGUCGAGGCUGUUGAGACAGCCAAAGAAUGGACCCGAUUAUAUGCCAGCGGUGCUUGACGAUUGGGUGGAUACUUUUGGUCUCAAAUAACAAUAGUGGAAGUGUAUGCUAUUAACUAUCAAAUUGAAAUGGAAAUUUAGAGGAAUUGUCUAAACUAUUUUGGAGUCCAUAUUCCUCCUAGCUUCCAGUUACAUGUUAAUUUCUUUCUAUCUCAUGGAAGCCUUAUAUCGAAACUUGUAUGAAUAUAUGGGAUCUUUUAUGUCAAAAAUUUAAAACAUGCUCUAUCUUCAACUACUAAUGGUAAUUUGGUAUUCUCAACUCAAA